AUGGAGAGCGAGCUGAGACCCAGGCUCUGUUUUCUGACCAAAGGGGAACGCGGCUAUGGCUUUCACCUGCACGGUGAGCGGAACAGGGGCGGGCAGUACAUCCGUAAAGUGGAGCCUGGCUCCUCGGCUGAAAUGGCUGGGCUGCGACCAGGAGACCGAGUGGUGGAGGUGAACGGGGAGAAUGUGGAAAACGAAACCCAUCACCAAGUGGUGAGCAGAAUCCGUGAGGUGGCCCAUCGCACCAGGCUGCUGGUGGUGGACAAAGACACAGAUGAUUACCUCUACAGCCAUGGCCUGGCCUGCACUGAGGACCUGGCUAUUGAAAUGGGAACCCUGUCUCCGCGGCCCUCGCCUGGGCCCACUCCCUCUACCUCUCCUCUACCCAGAGAGAAUACAUGCUUGUCUCCCAAAACCCGACACACACAGUCAUUUCACCCUCUUGCUGCAAACUUGACCACAAACACAAUCCAACAAGGCAGAGUCACAAGAUUGUCAGUGACAUCAGCGACAGACACAGAGCUGCAGGUACAUCCCUCACCAAAGCGGACUGUUGAGCUCCUGCCCCGUCUGUGUCAUUUGGUGAAGGCGGAGCACGGCUACGGCUUCAACCUCCACAGCGAUAAGACGAGGCGAGGACAGUUUGUGCGUUCAGUGGACCCUGGCUCAGCUGCUGAGAGUGCAGACAUCAGGCCUGGAGACAGACUAGUAGAGGUGAACGGAGUGAACAUAGAGGGCCUGAGGCACUCGGAGGUGGUGGCACUCAUAAGAGCAGGAGAGGGACAAGUGUGCCUCCUAGUGGUUGAUCCAGAGACGGAUGUGCUCUUCCACAGACUGGGAAUCACACCCACCUCCAGACAUGAAAGAGAGGUUUAUGUGGAUGAAUCAGCCCCAGAAAGCAUGGGACCCACGCCGUCUCCGACCACCGAGCUCCCCUCCACAGACCCACCAACCAUUAACGUGACACUGACAGAACCUCAAAUCACAAACUUGUCUCCAAAACCCCGAACCAAUGGGAGCUCUGCAUCUCAGUCCUCGAGAAGUUCCACCACCCAGUCGGAGAUCAGCAGCUCGGACAUGAGCAUCCAGGUCCCUGAUGAGGAUGACAGGCGUGUUUCAGAUCCUUUCAUGGACAGCGGCCUGCGUUUGAGUCCCACAGCAGCUGAGGCAAAACAAAAGGUCCUUGCUAGCCGCAACAAAAAAAGAGCACCUGCCAUGGACUGGAACAAAAGACAAGAGAUCUUCAGUAACUUCUGA